AUGCGGUCUAUUGUCGCGCUGCUUGCGUUCAGCUACUUGCUCUCUGCACAAGCGAAAACUGCAACGGAGUUUGCAAGUCUCGAGACCUUCAAGACGAAAGGAGGCGGUCAACACCUGCUGAGAGAGUCCGUGGGUCCGGCACAAUGGAAAGGGCAAUACACACCGGGAGAAGUGACUGUAGCGGGGGCCGGCGAGUCUGCUCCCGGCGUCUGGCCCCUGUCGGAAGGGACAGUGGUGCGCCAUCGACCAAAAAUCGUGAGCUCGACCAAGUCAUUUGAUGGCGGCAUGAAGACGUUCAAGCGCGGCAACGUGCAGUUCGAAUCCGGAUCGAAAAUGGCUCGAGAGAACGCUGUGUUUGUCGUGCAAGCCGGUGGCGUGCUUCGCAAUGUGAUUAUCGCUGGAGGGGGUGGCGUCUUCUGCGAGACGCACAAUUGUGUACUGGUGAACGUGUGGUUCAAGGACUCGCUUCAGGGAGCUCUCCACAUUCACUCGGGUACAGGCCUUACUACUGUUACAGGUGGAGGGGCCAAAAAUGUAGCGGGCUCCAUCAUCUUUGGUCAGGCUUCGGGUACGGUUGUUGUGAGCGGCGGCUUUUACAUGGAAAACUCGGGCAGGCUGUUUGAGUCGUGCGGCACGUGUGGUCCCGUUACGCGCAAAAUUGUCGUGGACGGAGUGGUGAGCGUGAAUCCGACAGCUGAGCUCAUUCGUGUGAACAGCAACUACAAAGACAGGGGAACCAUUUACAGUGCUACCAUCACCACGACGAAUGCCAACUACCCUUUGUGCACGCGCUACAAUGGAGGCGCCGUCCCCCAGAAGCUGGGAGUCGGAGCUGCUCCUCCCGUAUGCUCGUUCAGCCGAUCUGAUGUGAGAAUUAAACCUGCGAAGCGAGCAGUGUGA